UAUGGCGUCUGGUCUUAAGUGGUUCAGUGGUUUGUGUUUUUGGCAAAAAUCAAAAUGUUGAAAUAAAAAAUAGCGCCAAAUUGUGAAAAAUCGAUUUUUAUUUAUGUGUUUCAUUGUGCGUGCACAGUUUGGCGUCAAUUAUAGUAGCACAAAGUAAUAAAAAACCCCCGUGGAAAUCGCGGGCUGAUUUUGUCAAUGUCUAACCUCACUUUCGCCAAUGUUUUUGUUUAUUAAAAUUGUAUCCCCCUGUCUCCUUUCGCAUAAUUCACUUAUCUGUAAUUGAAUACAUUCUUUCCGAUUGCAAUACCGCGGGUGAAUCAUGGAAUUAUUGCAGGUUUAUUCACUUGCAUUCGCGUCGCACUAACAAACAGAAGUGAUGAACGAAGAGUAAUAUCAUGGCAGAAGUUGCUUCUCCAAAUAAAGAUGGAAAAGACAGCGGCUCACCCAGUAAAGACAAGUUAUUUGACCCUUCAGUUGACAUGCUUGUUAAUGAUUUUGACGAUGAGCGGACACUAGAAGAGGAAGAAGCACUAGCAGCAGGGGAAUCUGAAGACCCCAACGCGGAACUCUCCAGCUUACAAAAAGAGAGUAAUAUGCCAUUAGAGGAAUUACUUGCAUUGUACGGUUAUCGUGGCGAAAAUCAAGAAAACGAAAGUCCCGUUGACGAAGACCCUGACCCUUCUGAACCAAUGGAAGAACAAGAGAGCGAAACUGACCCUCCAGACCAACCCUCAAAACUGCGAGCCCUCUACGAAAACAUACCAGAGAACGACCAAGAUGCGGCCCGAUUAUUACGCUCCGUUUCACGAGUGAGCGAGGAAGAGGAAGAAGAUUAUGACUAUAGCCCAGAUGAAGAUGAGUGGCGAAAGGUUAAUAAGACUAUUAUGGUCGGGAGUGACUACCAGGCUCAAAUUCCGGAAGGUUUGUGUCACUAUGAUGACGCUUUGCCCUACGAAAACGAAGAUAAGCUUCUGUGGGAUCCCUUGGUUAUAAAUUUGAACGUGACUGAGGACUUUUUGAAGAAAGCUUCGGAAAUUUCGAAACCUCCGAUUCCCAUGGGAAGUCAUUUGCGAGACGACGAACAAGCGUUGUAUUUGUUACAACAGUGCGGGCACAACGUUGAGGAGGCGUUGAGACGUUUAAGAAUGAACGUGGCCCCCAGUAGCGAAACGAUGAGUCUUUGGUCGGAAGAAGAGUGUCGGAAUUUUGAGGCCGGAGUCCGAUGUUACGGCAAAAAUUUCCACCUAAUUCAACAAAAUAAGGUACGUACAAGGUCUGUGGGGGAGUUAGUUCAGUUCUAUUAUUUGUGGAAGAAAUCGGAACGGCAUGAUAUUUUUGCGAACAAAACCCGCUUGGAAAAAAAGAAAUACACCCUACAUCCGGGUCUUACUGAUUUCAUGGAUAGAUUUCUGGAAGAUCAGGAUGGUAGAGAUAGGAGUUCUUCCCCCAAUGUACAGUGCAGUGUGUCAGACAAUAAAAAAAGUGUCACGGAAAAUGUUACACAACAAACGAAAUCGACUUCAGACGCAUAGUCACCAUUCUAAAUUAGGCUUACUGCAAUUUCAGUUUCUAUCAUGCUCUAUCAAGCUCUAUUUUAAAUGUUCCUCUAUGUCGCGGAACUCAGAUUUGUUAAUUUAUUUAUAUUUUUAUAUUAAUAUAUUUCACCAAAAUUUUAUUUUAUACACGUAUACAUUAUGUAAAUAGGCUAUUUUACUACUAGAAUUUUAUUUAUACUUUGAUUUUAAACCACUACAGUUUUGUGUACAGAAUUUUAGGCCGCGCAAUUUUAUUAUUUAUUAAUUCGAGUCGGUUAUAGUAUUUUUAAUUAAUCAAUUUUAGGUUUCUUCAGUACAUACGUAAUUUAAGUUUUAAAUUAGCAUAAUUAACACUAGUAAAUUUGUCACAUUUCUGGACCUUAAUUGUGCAAUUAGUAUUCAUCCAGUUUUAUUUGAUUUGAAAUUAAAUCAGGAAGCAAUUAAGUAAUGAUUAAAGCAACUAGUCUUAGUCAGUUUGAUGGGUGCAAGUCUAGUAUUGUAAUUGAAUCGGUGACUUUUCUACCAAAGCAAAUCGAUUUAUGUUAUUUUACAAGUACUUAAUUAUCUUCAACUCGUAGUCUAGUCGGUUUAAGAAACGCGGUUGCUUCUUGAUUGAUUGAUUUUGGUCCAUAAAUGUCCAAUUUGUGAAAUUUUAAUUAUAAGAGUAAAUGGUAAAUUGGGCAUAUUUUUACAUCUAAUUGUUUUUGUACAAACUAUAAUUCUAAUAAUUAGGAUAUAGAUAUAAAAUCUUGCAAAGGUUAAAUUUUAACACAUACAAAUUUGUUUUAUCUCCUCGUACUAGAAAUCAAUCAAUUAUAUAUUUUCGACAACUAUAAUUUCCUGUGAAACACUUUGUUAUAUUUUUUAGAUAUAUGGAAAUAUUUUUAUUGCUUUGUGAGACUUUAUCAAAUGAAUAAAUAAAAUCUAUUUUUAUUAAUA